CCCCCCCGCUCCCAGUUUCGAAGCCAUUUUGGACACACAUCACACUAACAUGCACGUAAACCCCGGGCGACCUCGCGACGCUGCGCUUCCAACCACAACCACUCUUCACGCUUGUGCACCGCCAGAGGGAACGAUAAACGCUCCUUUCUCCUUCAGCGUUCUUUUUUUCUGAAGCCAUGUGGGACUGAACGAGCAAACACGGCGGCUCGACUAAUCUGCCCCCUUGUCUUUUCUUCUCGGUGGUGGUGGUGGUGGUGGUGAUUGGUGGUGUGGCGACGGCGGCGGCGGCGGCGCUUACGAGCCGCGGAAGGCUUUAGCUUAGAGGGGGGCCUGCGGUCGGUUAGACUCCGCCGGGGCUGAGGGGUGGAUGUGCGGGACCGAACCAAAACGGUGGACCUCCGUGGUGGUGUUUUUGAAGACGGAACAUGUCUUUCUCGUGGCUGACUUGUUCACUUCUGCUGGGAACUUUAUGCGCAGGGUACAGCGUCGGCGAGGCGGAGACGCGUGAAUGCGUGUUCUACAAUGACAACUGGCGCGCCGAGAAGACCAACCAGAGCGGCUUUGAGCGCUGCGACGACAAGGACAAAGACAAGGACAAGCGGCUGCACUGCUACGCGUCCUGGCUCAACUCCUCAGGGACCAUCAAGUUGGUAAAGAAAGGCUGCUGGCUGGACGAUUUCAACUGCUAUGACAGGCAAGAGUGCGUCUCCAUGGACGAGAACCCUCAGGUCUUCUUCUGCUGCUGCGAGGGCAACUACUGCAACGAGCGCUUCACCCACCUCCCCGACUUGAUCGGCAUCGGCAACCGAGUCAAAAUCCGGCCCCCGCCCCGAGUGCCGUCCAUGCUGAAUGUGCUCGUCUACUCCCUGCUGCCGCUCUGCGUGCUCUCUUUGGCAAUCAUCUUGGCCCUGUGGAUGUACCGUCACCGCAAACCUCCUUACGGCCAUGUGGACCUGAGCGAGGACCCUGGACCCACCCCCCCAUCACCCCUGGUGGGCCUGAAGCCCCUGCAGCUGCUGGAAAUCAAAGCCAGGGGACGCUUUGGUUGUGUUUGGAAAGCCCAGCUCAUGAGCGAAUAUGUCGCAGUCAAGAUCUUCCCUGUACAGCAGGAUAAGCAGUCAUGGCAAAACGAGCGGGACAUCUUCCUGACACCGGGCAUGCGCCACGAGAAUAUCCUCCGAUAUAUCGCCGCUGAGAAGCACGGCAGCAACUUGGAGACGGAACUGUGGCUCAUCACAGAGUUCCACGAGAGAGGUUCUCUGACUGACCACCUCAAGGGCAACACUGUGACUUGGGGGGAGCUGUGCCUCAUCGCCGAGACUAUGUCCCGCGGCUUAGCCUACCUCCACGAGGACAUUCCUAGCAACAAGGGAGAAGAGCCCAAACCCACCAUCGCGCACAGGGAUUUCAAGAGUAAGAAUGUUAUGCUACGAAGUGACCUGACCGCAGUCAUCGGAGACUUUGGACUUGCUGUACGCUUUGAACCAGGGAAACCUCCAGGAGACACUCAUGGGCAGGUGGGUACGCGACGCUACAUGGCACCUGAGGUGUUGGAAGGAGCCAUCAACUUCCAGCGAGACUCCUUCCUGAGGAUCGACAUGUACGCCAUGGGUCUGGUGCUUUGGGAACUGGUGUCCCGUUGCAACGAAACGGAUGGUACGGUGGGUGAAUACCUUCUGCCGUUUGAGGACGAAAUAGGGCAGCAUCCAAGCCUGGAGGAUCUGCAGGAUGUGGUUGUGCACAAGAAAAUGCGGCCAGUCAUCAAAGACUGUUGGCUCAAACAUCCGGGUCUGAGCCAACUGAGCGAGACCAUCGAGGAAUGUUGGGACCACGACGCCGAGGCCCGCCUGUCGGCCGGCUGCGUGGAGGAGCGCAUCGGCCAGAUCGCCAGGACCACCGGCAGCACUACCUCAGACGGUCCCGUCUCCAUCGUCACGUCGCUCACCAACGAGGACCUACCUCCCAAAGAGUCCAGUACCUGAACACGGGCAGUGCUCCUGACUUUUUUUUUUUUUUAAUUUGAUUUUUCAAACACAAACUCAGUGGAUCUCGGUGAAUAUUUAAUAACAUGCAGCUGCUAUUUUAUCCCCAUACUGGUAUUUUUUUUCCUGGGGCAUCGGAUCUUAUUAACACAUUCAUCUGCUGUAGUUUGGAUGUAGUAUAUAAGCUAUGCGACAGGCAACACUAAAAGUCGUUAUUACCUCAUGUAUUUUUUUUUCUUUUUGUUAAUUACCUCAUUUUUUU